UGUACAUCACCCCAGGUUCCAAACUAAAAGACUCUAUCCUCCGACUCUCGAGUGUUCCCAUAUCUAUCACUCUCUCUCUCUACCAUGUCGAGAGGCACAGACCGUCUGGUGAAGAGCUUGAAGAAGUUUGCGGAUGUUCAAUACAAGCUCUUCAGAGCUCGUUAUGGUCACCAAAUCACUGACAUUUUCGAGUUCCCCAUAAAGCUUGUGCUCUCUCCCUUCACACUCGCUUUUGACAUUGUCGGCUCUGCUCCCCGCGGCUUCGGCGUCCCCGAGCUCAUCUCCAAGCUCUCAUACGCUUCCAUCUUUGCUGUCGCUACUCUAGGGACUUAUGACAUUGCGUUGGAGUUGGGAAAGAAAGUAAUAUGUCAGAGGAACUGUCAAACCUGCAAUGGGUGGCAGGCAUUGCGGUGUACCAUGUGCAGGGGAUCAGGGAGGGUGCACUACCAAGUGAAAAAUUAUGCCUUGAAAAGUGGAGAGAAGGCAACGGCUGAAUGUGUUGCAGAUGCCAUUGUUGACAAUCGGGCUGAGUUGGUGCACCUUCCUUCCACCAUGGAUCUUCAUGUGCCUUUGCCAUCUAAAGACUGUCCUACCUGUGAUGGAACGGGUGUAAUGGGAUGUCCCGAAUGCAAACACAAAUUACAAGUCAGAAUCUCUGGGGAUGAUAUCAUGGAGCCUCCAUGGAAGGCUUAUAACGUCUUGAAAAAGAUGGACUAUCCCUAUGAGCAUAUAGUUCACAGCAUGAAAGAUCCCAGCAUUGCUGCAUUUUGGUUGAUUACCUUGCCUCAGAUUGUGGGUGGCUUCAACUAUGAUGACGAGAUCAAGCAGAAAAUUUGGUGGCAAUACCAGGAAUCCAUGCGGUAUGAUCAUCUUCAAGAUGAGGUAGCAAAGCGAAAACCAGGGUGGGAGCAGUUACAGGAAGCCUUGAUCUCUAUCGAUCCUGUACGUGCUAGGGAUGAUCCUGUUAUUGUGAAAAAUAUCCCCUACUACAAGGCCAAGAAGGCAUUGGAGGCAGAGGUCAUGAAAAUUGAUCCUCCACCAAGGCCAGCAAAUUGGGGUGAGCUGGACCUUCCACUGAAUGCAUCUUCUUGGAGUGAGGAAGAUCUCAAAGAUCCUGAGAAAUUAUAUGAGAUGACUGUUCUUCUUAAUGCCCAAAGAGAAAUUGCUGAUAAAAUCUUGGAUGUGCAGUGGGAAACUAAAUGGCGUGAGGAAAAGUUAAAUGAGAUGUUAGAGGAGAAGGUGCGUCCCUAUAUUCAGAACAUCGAGAAUGGUGUCCUCUCUAAACCUAUUGUCUUACAAUCACAAAAGCAGGAGCAGAAGAGGACCCGUCAACGGAGAUGGUGGUUUUUUUGAUGAAGUUUAAACCAUUGUUGUAUCUGGGUGGCCAUAACUGGUUUGAUGUUCUUUACCGGUGGUAUAUUUUUUGGUUUUCCCUAGUCUUCCUCAUGGUAGAUUGUUACGUUUUCCUGUACACGUGCUUCAUAACUCCAUGCAUCUCCACCAUUUGAGGUCGCUGGAAAUUCUGUUUGAGUCUCUCUCUCUCUCUUCCCCUAUAUAUAUAGAGGGGUGUGACUCAUGUUUCGAUAAGUUGUUUUUACUCGUAGCUGCAUGUAUGAAUUAUGGAUUUAUGAACUUUUUUUUUCUUCUUUUGUUA